AUGGCGCAGAUACCGAGCGCGAUGCGGCCUCCCAGCAAGGCCUCGACCUCCGCGGUCGCCUCGCUCCUGCCUCCAUGCUGUCAGCCGAUAUAUCAACAGCGUCGCUGCUACGCGUCCCGUAGUGGAGAAGAAAAGGGCAAUGCUGACAAGGGCACGCAAGCUGCGGCGGCAGCAGUGUCCACGACACCCGGCACGGCGACCGCUGAGGCGGUACGAUAUUUCGCAGCCAACGAGCAGAAUGCCGACGCCGCCGCCCGUGCGCAAGGCAGCGUGAAGCAGCAAGAGCAGCUCUCCGCGGCAGCGGCGAACGGCGGCGAUGCUGCCACCUCUGGCAUCCGCACCAUUGGUAUCAAGCUCACCGAGGACGACGAGCUGGUGCGCGCCUUCAACAACUUCUCCAAGAGUGUCAACGGCUGCACGCAGGAGGAGUUUCUCAUCGGUGCGAAGCAGGCCUACUACAGCCUCGCCGUCGUCAUCAGCGCCUUUCUCGAGCAUGGGCAGCCGUUGGCAGGGAGGACCGAGUCGACCAAGAUGAUUGCCGCCGCGCAUGAGGCGGCGAAGCUGCUAGACAAGGAGUUUAAGCCCGAGAGUCGCUGCGACGCGGCGGCGACGUCGCUGGCGUCGAAGGCGGAGGGGGAUGGCACCGACGACUCCUCUUCCUCCUCCUCCAAGACAAAGCUGCAGGAGUCGCUCGUUCGUAACGUCGUCUCUACGAUCGUCUCCCUCAUCCCUGUCUCGCGGCACUUGGCGGAGUCCAUCUUCAAGAUUUGGCUUCUGCAUAAAGUUAAGCAGGUGAACCUGAGCAGCAUCGCCUCACCGGCGGACUACGUGCUGGACUCGAAGCUGGUCAUCUUCGCCCGCUUGGGCAAGGCACGCAUGUACUUUAACUCCGACAAUGUCGGCGCCGAGGUGGACGUGACCUUCAGCAAUGACUACCUGCGAAAGCUGGACCCUGCAAGCGUGGCCGGCAGUGGUGCUGCAGGGAGUUCGCAGAUGGCGGACGCGGCCGGCAAGGUGGACGAGGAUGACUUUGACACCGGCAUGAUUCAGGUGCACACCGACACGGAUGCCAACGCGCACCGCACCACGGCAGAGGAGCACACAUUCGUCGUGAACAAAGCCACGCGUACGCUUACGCCGACCGGCUCCACGGCCGCCAGCACCGCAGCCGCGGCAGCUGCAGCGUCUACGGACGCGGCAAGGCGCAGUGGAGGGAACUCGGCCUCUGCUGGUGCCGGCGGGGCAUCAGCUGCGGAUAGCGCGAAGUCGUCUGGCACCGCAUCACGCAUUCAAGUCACGUGCGUGAAGACGACAGACUUUUUGAGGAAGAGUGCAAGCGCGGCAACGGUCGCUGCGACAGCGGUGCGUGACGAGGCCGCCGCGAAGACUGCAGCGCCCAACGAAAGCUCGGGGGAGGAAGAGGAGGAGGCGCACUCUGUGUACAUCAAGGUGAACGGCAAUAUGCUGCCACCGAUUCCUGCCUCGGCCCAUGCGUGCGCACUGCUCACCGUGGACGUUGUCGUGCCACCGGAGCGGUACGCCUACAACUUUGAGUGGUUCUACAAGCGCAUCGUCGGCUACGAGAACGAGUACGAGCGCAUCGCGGCGGCGCGCGUGUUCGCGUCCAACAGUCCGAAGCCGCUGGCGAGCUUUCUCGACUUCUUUAUGCGCAUGGUGACAGGGAAACCGGUGGAGUUCAUGUUCUCCAAGGCGAUUGGGCGUAUGAUCGGCAUCCCGGAUGACGUCUCGCAGACCCCGCCGGCGACGCGCAAGCUCAUGUGCAUGUACAUGGACCAAUCGUACAAGUGGGUGCUGGCCGAUCUCGUCACGCUCGCCCCGGUUAUGGAGACGAAGCUGCCCAAGGCGUAA